CUUUGUCAUUAAGAUUGGAAUCGAACGUCGGCGAGUGCAGACGUGUUUCUUUCAAGCUACGAAUAGCAAGUUCUAAAAACUACAACAGUAUAGUGAAAGUUAAACACAAAGUGUAAAGUGCAGUUUGCACAACUAACAAUUAUUGACUAUAGUAAUUAUUUACUAAAAUAAAUAAUUAUUCCAUAUUGUUCUGGUAAUUGUUAUAUGUGGACUUAGAACAAUGAAUCAAAACGACAUACGUUCUCAGCGACAAUGUGAACAAUACGAGCGCCGGCUCUCUUUACAACGCAACAAUGCAUACUUUUCUUUCGUCUCACCGCAAAUCGGUGAUCGAGCACCCUCACCUUCAACUAACUCGAAACUUUUGCCCUCAGAGAACGACAGACCGCGUUCUUGCUCUCCCUCUCUGCCUGCUUCGGCUCACAAGUCGUGGAGCGAAGAGACCGCCUCUCCUACCCCGCUCCUCUCGCAGCGCCAAACGACCGUCCCGGGUAACUGUAACACUGCAAUAACGAGUGCAGUGACCUCACUGGCAACUGUCACUGCUACCACAACAACAACUUCGUCAGCGGCCCAACUAAUUAUCGCUGUGCCAGCUGUAAAUAAUUCAGCAGCACUGACCGUUUGCAACAAAAAUAAUGCACGCAAAGAAGAAUCAAAACAAAAGCAGAAGUCGAUUUCGACUGUGCAGACUGGCAUGGAUCGCUACAUCCAAAUCAAGAGAAAGCUCAGCCCUCAAAACAAUAAGGCAGGUAAUCAACCCAAAAUCAAUCGAACCAACAACGGCAAUGAAAACUCUGCAGUAAAUAAUUCAAACCGAUAUGCUAUCUUGGCUGAUUCUGCGACCGAACAACCCAACGAAAAAACGGUAGGGGAACCAAAAAAGACCAGGCCUCCACCAAUUUUCAUACGAGAACAAAGUACAAAUGCACUUGUAAAUAAACUCGUUGCUUUGAUUGGUGACAGCAAAUUCCACAUUAUCCCACUUAAAAAAGGAAAUAUUCAUGAAAUAAAACUACAGAUCCAAACAGAAGCAGACCACCGUAUAGUGACUAAAUACCUAAAUGAUGCUGGUAAAAACUACUACACAUACCAAUUAAAAAGUUGCAAAGGGCUACAGGUAGUACUUAAGGGCAUUGAAGCAACAGUGACACCAGCUUAGAUAAUUGAGGCUCUGAAGGCCAAAAACUUUUCUGCAAAGACAGCUAUUAAUGUUUUAAACAAAGACAAAGUUCCGCAGCCACUAUUCAAAAUAGAACUCGAACCAGAGCUCCAGGCACUAAAGAAAAACGAAGUGCACCCAAUAUACAAUUUACAGUACUUGCUACAUCGGAGGAUCACCGUGGAGGAGCCGCACAAACGUAUCAAUCCAGUUCAAUGUACUAAUUGCCAAGAAUACGGCCACACCAAGGCAUACUGCACCCUUAAGUCCGUAUGUGUUGUCUGUAGCGAACCUCAUACUACCGCAAACUGCCCCAAAAACAAGGACGAUAAGUCUGUGAAGAAAUGCAGUAACUGCGGGGAAAAACAUACUGCAAACUACAGAGGCUGUGUGGUGUACAAAGAAUUGAAGAGCCGCCUAAACAAACGUAUUGCCACAGCACAUACAUACAACAAAGUCAAUUUCUACUCUCCGCAACCGAUUUUUCAACCACCCCUAACUGUCCCAAGCACUACUCCAACAAUUUCUUUCGCUAGCGCCCUAAAAUCCGGACUAGAAGUGCCCGCCCCACCGACAAGAACUGCUCAUUCCGAUCAUACACCGACAAACAUCCAACAAACACAACAAAGUGGCAUCGAAGCUAUGAUGCUAUCCCUACAGCAAAGCAUGAAAGACUUUAUGACGUUCAUGCAAAAUACUUUGCAAGAGCUCAUGAAAAACCAAAAUAUCCUGAUUCAACUUCUUGUAUCUUCAAAAUCCCCAUAAUGGCUUCCCUACGGAUAUCUCUGUGGAACGCAAAUGGCGUUUCACGGCAUACACAAGAGCUCACACAGUUCAUUUACGAAAAAAACAUCGACGUAAUGCUACUAUCAGAAACGCACCUCACAAAUAAAAACAAUUUUCAUAUACCAGGAUACUUGUUCUAUGGUACAAAUCAUCCAGAUGGUAAAGCUCAUGGAGGCACUGGAAUACUCAUCAGAAAUCGCAUAAAACACCACCACUUAAACAAUUUUGACAAAAACUACUUACAAUCUACGUCCAUAGCCUUACAACUCAACAAUGGUUCAACGACUCUAGCCGCAGUCUACUGCCCACCGCGCUUUCCAAUCUCUGAGGAUCAAUUCAUGGAAUUCUUUAACACACUAGGUGACAGGUUCAUCGCAGCGGGUGACUAUAACGCCAAGCACACCCAUUGGGGAUCUCGACUUGUGACGCCAAAGGGUAAGCAAUUGUACAAUGCGCUUACGAAGCCAGAAAACAAGCUAGACUAUGUAUCCCCGGGUAAGCCUACAUACUGGCCAGCAGACCCAAGAAAAAUCCCAGACCUGAUCGAUUUUGCAAUUACUAAACAUGUCCCCCGCAACAUGGUCACCGCCGAAGCACUAGCAGAUUUAUCAUCAGAUCACUCACCUGUUUUUCUAAAUAUGCUAACUCGCCCCCACAUCGUCGACCCACCGUAUAGACUCACAAAUUUUAGAACAAACUGGCCAAGGUAUCAAAAGUAUGUCUGUUCACACAUAGAACUAACGACGGCAUUAUCUACAAAGGAGGAUAUAGACAAGUCAACGGAAACUCUUGGAAACAUUUUAGUUUCGGCUGCAAAGGCUUCAACCCCGCCAGUGACGUAUGCAAAACCAAACUACAUCAAAACUAAUCGCGAAAUCGAGCGGCUGGUAUUAGAUAAACGACGCCUACGAAGGGAUUGGCAGUCUAAUAGAUCACCAAUUACAAAGCACAUGCUUAAGAUAGCCACACGCAGGCUUACCAAUGCUCUCAAACAAGAGGAAAAAAACAGCCAACGUUCAUAUAUCGAGCAACUCUCUCCCACCAGCACUAAGUACCCUCUUUGGAGAGCUCACAGAAACCUAAAGACUCCAAUAGCGCCAAUUAUGCCACUACGAAGUCCCUCUGGCACCUGGUUUCGAAGUGAUGAAGAAAGAGCCAGUGCUUUCGCUGACCAUUUACAAAAUGUAUUCCGACCAAAUCCCUCUACCAACACAUUUAUUCUCCCUCCUUUAAUAGCAGCCAAUCUAGAUCCUCAAGAACCCUUUGAAUUCCGACCAUGUGAACUAGCAAAGGUUAUCAAAGAGCAACUGAACCCAAGAAAAUCGCCUGGCUACGACCUAAUAACUCCAAGAAUGCUCAUUGAACUCCCAAAGUGUGCUAUUCUUCACAUCUGCCUGUCGUUCAACGCAAUCGCCAAGCUUGGAUACUUCCCUCAAAAAUGGAAAAAGUCGACCAUAGUAAUGAUUCCAAAGCCAGGAAAAGAUAAAACGCAGCCAUCAUCAUAUAGACCGAUAAGCUUACUAACAUGUCUUUCAAAGCUGUUUGAAAAAAUGCUACUCCUUCGGAUUAGCCCUCAUCUUAGAAUAAACAACACACUUCCAACACAUCAA